CGCGUCUCCUUCAUUCGCAGCCUGGGCGCGUUCGGAGGAGGACGCGAGAGGAGGGCGCUCUUGGGACCUCGCGGCUUCUGCUCUUGCCCGCGUCCCUGCGGCUGGGGAAGGCGUAACCGGGUUGCCGGGCGCGGGAGAACCGCGGAGAAGCCAUGGGCGCCGGGAGCUCCACCGAGCAGCGGAGCCCGGAGCAGCCGGAGGCGGGGAGCGCGACGCCGGCCGAGCCCGAGCCCAGCAGCGGCGGCCCCGCGGCGGAGGCGGCGCCCGGCGCCUCGGGGGACCCGGCCCUCGCCGCCCCGGACCCCGCCAGCAAGCUCCUCCAGAAGAAUGGUCAGCUGUCCCCUGUCAACGGCUUAGCCGAGCAAGAAGAGCUCAGCCUCCAGGAGGGAGCCCUGAAUGGCCAGGAGGAGGAAGUCAUUGUCACCGAUGAUGUUGGACAGAGAGAAUCUGAAGAUGUGAGUGAAAGGGACUCAGAUAAAGAGAUGGCUGCUAACGCGGCGGUUGUCCAGGACAUCACAAAGGAUGGGCAGGAGGAAAUGCCUGAAAUGAUGGAACAGAUUCCUUCUUCAGAGAGUACUCUGGGGGAGCUGACACAAGCUGCUGAGUCCCAGGCUAAUGAUGUUGGAUUUAAGAAGGUGUUCAAGUUUGUCGGCUUCAAGUUCACUGUGAAAAAGGAUAAGGCCGAGAAGUCUGACAGUGUCCAGCUACUCACCGUCAAAAAAGAUGAAGGCGAAGCUGCCGGAGGAUCGGAUGGGGCUGGUGACCACCCGGAGCCCAGCCGGGAGACCGGAGAAGCAACACCGAAGGACAGCGAACUGAGACAGUCCACGGAGAAGCCUGAAGAGACUCUCAAACACGAGCAGAGCAGCCCGGAAAUUCCUCUUCCGGCUGAGUCUGGUCCAGCAGCUGGGGAGGGCAAAGAGGAAGGAGAAGAGAAACGAGAAACAGAACCCACCAAAUCUCCAGAGUCCCCGACCAGCCCGGUGGCCAGUGAAACAGCAUCCCCCUUCAAGAAAUUCUUCACUCAAGGGUGGGCUGGCUGGCGAAAAAAGACGAGUUUCAGGAAGCCUAAGGAGGAGGAGCUGGAAGCGUCAGAGAAGAAGAAGGAACAAGAGGCAGAAAAAGUAGACACAGAAGAGAAUGGGAAGACAGAAGAUGCUUCGGAGAAACUGGCUACUUCUGAACAACCCCACCUGCAGGAGCCCACAGAGGGCCCUAAAGACGCCGGAUUGUUAACUGACUAUGAAAAAGCGGCGGUGCCAUCUGGCGAUCAAGUGCAGGGACCUCCUGAAGAGAAAACUGCCCCUUUAGCCACAGAAAUCUUUGAUGAGAAAGUAGAGAUUGUUGCAGAAGUCCAUGUGAGCACUACAGAGAAGAAAACAGAGGAGCAGACAGCUGAGGCCGAGGAAAGAGGAGAGUCUUUGCCGCCUGAGAAAUUGGUGGAAGCAGAUGUGGAACUUGAGGCAGCUGAACCUGCUGAGGAUCUGAAGGCCGAGGACGCGUGUGCCCCCGGAGGGGAACAGACCAAGCCCAGCGAACUAAGUCUUCAUGAAAAACCAGUGUCUACACAGCCCGAAGGCGUUGUAAGCGAGGCGGAAAUGCUGUCGUCACAAGAGAGAAUAAAGGUGCAAGGAAGUCCUCUAAAGAAACUGUUUACCAGCACUGGCUUAAAAAAGCUUUCUGGAAAGAAACAGAAAGGGAAAAGAGAAGAUGAAGAGUCAGGGGAACACCCAGGUUCAGCAGACUCUCCAGAUAGUACAGACGAGCAGAAGGGCGAGAGCUCUGCCUCGUCCCCUGAAGAGCCCGAGGAGAUCACGUGUCUGGAGAAGGGCGUCGCCGAUGUCCACCAGGAUGCCGACGUCGAAGAAGGAACGACUUCGGACGGAGAAAAAAAGAGAGAGGGUGUUACUCCCUGGGCAUCCUUCAAAAAGAUGGUGACGCCCAAGAAACGUGUGCGGAGGCUUUCUGAAAGUGAUAAAGAGGAGGAACUGGAGAAGAUGAAGAGUGCCACCUUGUCGUCCACUGAGAGUGCCGCCUCGGAGAUGCAGGAGGAAGGCAAAGGCAACGGAGAGGAGCAGAAGCCCGAAGAACCAAAGCGCAAGGUGGACACGUCGGUGUCCUGGGAAGCUCUAAUUUGUGUGGGAUCUUCCAAGAAAAGAGCAAGAAAAGCAUCCUCUUCCGACGAGGAAGGAGGACCAAAAACAGUGGGAGGAGACAGCCAAAAGCCAGAAGAAACAGGAGCAGACACUGUGCCUGCUGGUUCCCAGGAACACGAUCAAGGGCCAGGAAGCUCCUCGCCUGAGCAGCCUGGGAGCCCCUCCGAAGGGGAGGGCGUUUCCACCUGGGAGUCAUUUAAGAGAUUAGUCACCUCCAGGAAAAAACCGAAGGCGAAACUGGAAGAGAGAAGUGAAGACUCUGGAACUGGGUCUGGUCUAGAACAUUCCGCCUCGGAUGUUGAACCCGGAAAAGAAGAGUCUUGGGUUUCCAUUAAGAAGUUUAUUCCUGGACGAAGGAAGAAAAGGGCAGAUGGGAAGCAAGAACAAGCCACGACUGAAGAUAUGGGGCCAGCCGAGGUCAACGAAGAUGAUUCUGAUGUCCCGGCUGUGGUACCUCUGUCUGAGUACGAUGCAGUCGAAAGGGAAAAAAUUGAAGCUCAGCAAGCCCAAAAAGAGGAGGCGCCUGAGCCAAAGGCGGCUGUUCAUGUGUCUGAGGAGCUCAGUAAGAGUCUGGUUCAAGCGGUGACCGUGGCUGUCGUCGACGGGACAAGGGCCGUCACCAGUAUUGAGGAAAGGUCGCCUUCUUGGAUAUCUGCCUCUGUGACAGAACCUCUUGAACAAGCCGAAGAUGAUGCUGAAGCGCAAACUGGGGAGGUAUUUGAAAGAGAAGUCAUUGCCGAGGAAGCACCCAUUGUUCCCAAAACUCUGCCUGAGGGCCAAGAUGCCAGUGAGGUGGAGUUCACUUCUGAAGCUGUGACAGCUACCGAGGCAUUUUGUGCUGAAGAAACAACAGAAGCUUCUGGUGCCGAAGAGACCACGGACAUGGUCUCGGCUGUUUCCCAGUUAACUGAGUCUCCAGACACCACAGAGGAAGCGACACCAGUUCAGGAGGUGGAAGGCGGCAUGCCAGACGCAGAAGACCAAGAGAGGCGAACUCAGGAGGUCCUGCAAGCCGUCGCAGAAAAAGUGAGAGAAGAAUCUCAGCUGCCUGACGCCCGAAGGCCAGAAGACACCAUGGAGACGACGCAGAGGGAAGAGUCAAAAACACCAGAGAAGGUGGAAGAAGCACAAGAUUCUCAGGCAGUAGAAGUGAAGAAAGAGAUGGACGUAGUGUUGAAAGAACACCUACAAGAAACUAAAACUGAGACUUUGAUGCAAGAUAAGGAGAUUGCACAGCCCAUCCAAGAAAGCUUGGAAAAAGUUCCUCAAGUCACGGGGAGUGUCGAGUCCAGUGAGCUCGUAACCACGUGUCAAGCUGAAACCUUGGUUGGGGUAAAAUCAGAGAUUAUAUCAGAACAGGCUGUUGCUCCAGACUCAGCUGAAACCCUUACAGACAGUGAGACCAAUGGAAGCACCCCAGUGGCAGAUUUUGAAGCUCUAAGUGUAACACAGCAAGACAAGGUCAUGGAAAUCCAUGAAGAUAAGGAGGUGGCAUCUGGUACACAAUCACAGGUCGGAGAAGAUGAGGCAGUUCCUGAACCGAAAGAGAUAUCUCCAGUACCUUCUACUUUUCAGCCCCAGGAAGAAAAUAAAGAACAUUCAAAAAUGGAAGACGUUCUAGAACACACGGAUGAAGAGCUAUCAGCAGAAACUGUACCCGUUCUUUCAAAGACUGAGGUGAUUCAAGAGGCUGCCCGAGGUGCUGAUGAGGAAACCAAAGACGUCCCAUUUGUCGAAGGACUUGAGGUGUCUACAGACACGGAAAUAACAACCAGUCAGAAAAAGAUAACUGACGUUACCCUUAAAGACGAAGUUCCUGAAGAAGCUGAGUUGCAAAAGAAGGAUGAUAUUGAAAUCCAGAGUCAAGCUGAGUCUCUUCCAACCCCAGUAGAGAGUGAGAUGGUCGUUCAAGAAGAAAAGGAGAAAAUGGAAGCAAAGCCAACCCAAAUGAGUGAAGAGAAACUUGAGCAAAAACCAGCUGUUCCCAUGUCUGAAAUGCUCAGUGAGCAACUAGUUCAGACAGUUCAGGUGACCGUCAUAGAUGGGGAAAAGGAAGUUGUCAGUUUUGAAGAAAGUUCGUCUUUGCUAGUUCAAGAGGAGGUGGCAUGCACAGAAAUUCAAGUUCAGAGCUCUGAGGCACCGUUAGCUCUAACAGUGGCAGCAGUGGAGGAGAAGGUCUUAGGAGAAACCGUCAAGAUUUUAGCACAGGCUGAAACUUUGGAAUCUGCAGACGCACAUUUAGUACCAGAAGAAAAAUCCUCUGAGAAAGAUGAAGACUUGAGUGCUCAGCCGGGGGACGAGGCAGCACCCACAGGAACUGAGACUCAGGCAGAAUCUACACCGGAAGUAAUAUCUGCCACCCCCGAGAGAGGCAUCCAUGCUGACCUGGAAGAAGAUAAAACCACGUCGCAGAAACAGAAGCUCGAUGAAGAUGGUGAGCAGGUUGUCUGUCUGGAAGUCAGAAAGGUGGAAACAAGAGAGGCAGAUUUAAAGGCUGAAAAUGAGAUUUCGAAACUUGAGACUGAGAGCGGUAAACUGGUGCAAAAUGUAAUUCAGACGGUCGUUGACCAGUUAGCCAGUGCAGAAGCAGCCGCCUCUGACUUCCAGACACAGGCUCAACCCGUAAUAGCUGACAGCCAGGAAGCUGGGCAGAAAAUUGAGGAAGGAGAGAGGGAACUUCAGGCCUCUGUGCAGGAGGAAACACCUACCAUGGCAGCCGAAGAGGAGUCUGUGCUCACCACUGUGGAGCACACACAUUCAGAUGUUUCCACAGAUGGGAAGGACGCUUUGGAAGAGACCACGACCUUUGAAGUAGAAAGCUCCAGGGUAAAUGACCAGCAGCUUGAAGAGGUAACUGUCCCAUCAGAGGGAGACAGAGAAGCAACUGGAACAAAGUCUGUGCCGGAAGAAGAUGAUGGUGCCGGGUUAGGAGAAAGAACAGAGAAGUCACUGCUUGAAUCCCAGGAAGAUGGAAAGGAUGGCGCUGUUGAUUACCCUGAGGACCAGAACGCGGCCCUGGAAGAUGCUGAGGCCUCAGGAGGCUUAACCAGAGAGUCCUCGGAUGCAAAUGGACCAAAACUAAAAGAGAAGGAAGCUGGCCGGGAAGGAGAAUUUCAGGAAGGAAAAGUGCACAGCGAUUCAGAAAAAGAGAGCAAAACACAAACACAGGAGGAAACACAGAAACAAGAGAGAGAACCAGCAAAAUCAGAACUUACAGAAUCCUAAAACAUCAUGUACAUGGUGUAUUUGCAAGACCAGAAUGUGAAGACAAGUAGUAGAAGAAAAAGGAAUGCUGCUGAGAAGACUGAAGACCGUGAGAUUUCAGAACUCGGAGACCCGAAGAGCAGGCACGUCAGCUGAUCUCGUGUCUCGAACCCCCGACAAUCCUGAGGCUGCAUCAGGAGCGAGAGCCAUUUAGCAUUUCCUCUUUUCAAGACCACCCUGUUAAUGUCCCUUGAUACAAUAUAAUGUUUCUGAUUUAACAUCCUAAAUUCUUAACCUGGAACUGGACGUGGCAACACCUGGUCCUACUUCGCAAACUGGAGCAUCAUUCUUUAUGUAUUUAUAUGUAUGUUUUAAGUACUCCUCCUUCUGUAUCUAUUGUAUAUUUUUUCUGAAUGUUUCAGGCAGUGUGCAGUGUAGUAUACAUUUCCUUUGUAUCACACACUAUAUGAUGGGGCGUGCCGCCAUGGGGAAGCCUUAAGCCUCAGUUAUACCCUGUGAAAACAGAGCUUCCUAGAAACAACAUUCCUGACCAGAAGCUACAAUUCUUAUUUUAAAAAUUCACUAAGGACUAGGUCCAUGUUUAGUAUUACUCUGAAAUUGGUCACUUUCUAUUAUGCACAGUGUGCUAAAAAUAAAAAGCUUUUUUUUUUUUUUGAAACACACAGAAUGUUCCAUUGUUACUGUGAAAUUUUCCUUUCUAGCCCAGUGGAGGUUGGAAGGAAGCUUUUUCCAGUAAUGGAUUAACUUUAAGUCUUUUCUCCUACUGUCAUGGUUGUUGGGACAGGUGAGUGUGCUUAGUCCUGAGGCCGAGCGGUGAAAUGUUUCUCAUGUUAUCAAAAGAAUUGACUGUUUUAAGUUUUUGAUUCUACUCUCACAUGCUGGACCCCGUUCACGCACAGCAUAAAAGAAGUCAGGCUCUUCACAGAUGGUAUUUUGCUAGAUGCUGGAUUGUCUGUGCCAUAUUUGUGCCCACUCUUCUAAGAACAAUGUUGCAGUCUGUUCAUUUGGAUAAAUUGUGAUUUGACAACUGAUUUAAAUAAAAUAUUUGCUUCAUUUAGA